UUUAUUUGUUCUGUUGUUAUUUCGGAAAAAAAUUUCUAUUAAAGUAAAGUUAAAAUAGAAAAAAACAAAAAAAGAAAAUAUUUUUUUAAAUUAUUUGUAAAUUUGAUUUUAAUUUUGUAAUUGCUAUAAAAAAAAUCAAAAAAAAAAAAAUUUUAAUGGCUUUCCAAAAAUUGUUAUUUACACUUAGCCAUAUUAUAGCUUUAUUAAUUGCCGAAUUUUCUUGUGGAUCUGUUGAAAGUUAUGAGAAUGGAUUAAAAAUUGUAAAUACCACGGGCUUUAGAAUAACACCAUUAUGUAAAAUGGAAAUUCAUCAAAUCAAUGAUACACAAAUAAUAUGGCCAGAAACUAGAAAACGAUAUACAAUAUCAGAGCCACCAUGUUUUCAUCAAAUUAAUAAAUCAUUAAUAAUUCGUGAAUGUACAUUAAAUGGAUGGAAAACAAAUUUUGAUUCAAACACAUGCAAUUUUUUAUAUAAAAAUUUAUUUUGUCCCGAUGAUUUUCAUGAAUUUUCAACCAAAUAUGGUUUAUUAUGUUUAAAAAUAUCAAAAUUUAAAGAAAUAUGGAAUGAUAAAUUAUGUUAUGGUUCUGAUAAAUCAAUAUUUGAUUUAAAAUCAAAUGAACAAUCAAUUCUAUUCAAAUAUUUUAUUGAUAAAUUAAAAACAAAUGAAUUUUGGUUACCAGUAAAACGUUAUAAUUAUUCAGAAAAUUUUAAUAAAUUUUUUCCAAUUUUAUGGAGAUUACCCGGUGAAAAUUGGGGACAUUUAUUUAAAAAACAUUAUUAUGAUCACUUAUCUUAUAAUGAAUGUUUGGUCUUGAAUUUUAAUCAUACAAAUAUAAUCUCAGUUAGUAUGACUAAUUGUACAACAGAUAAGAUGAAAUAUAAUUUAUGUAUAUUUGAUAAAAUAAUUACAAAAGUAUCAUGGUGUCCAGAAUCUACACCUUAUAUUCGUUUAGAUAAACCGAAUAUUUGUUUUGGUAUUGGAUCCUACAAUGUUGAUAUUAAGCAUAAUGAAAAUUCAUAUGAUUUUUUUCUUAAAAAUAAACCAAUUGUAAAUUAUUUAUUUAGAAAGUAUAAAUUAAGAGAUAGUAAAAUAUUUUUAAAACGUUUUAUAAUUAAUGAUAAAAAUGGAGAAAAUAAUUCACAAAAUUUAUUAAUAACACAAGAUGGUACUAUAAAAAUUGAAUCAGAUAUGAAUUUAAAACAAUUUAAUUAUUUUAAUUUAAAUAUAAUCAAUUUAAAACAAAUUCAUAAAGUUUCAAUGAAAUUAGAAUUUUAUGAAAUUAAUAAAAAAUUAAUAUUGACUGUAUACAAUCGAAAAUAUAUUUUUAGAUUAAAUUCAAUUGAAAAUGAUGAAGAUUCAAGUCCAGAUUCGGAUGAAAUUGGUAUUAGUUGUUUUACAAAUUCCGAUCAUGAUUUAAUAAAACGUGUCGAAAUAAAAGAUUUAAUAUGGGAAAAUGAAAUGAAAACGGAAUCGUUAUUUGAAUUGAAAUUAUAUGGUAAAGGUCCCGGCGUAUAUUGGUGUGAAGCUCAUACAAUUUAUGAUUUUCAAUUAAUUGAAAGUACAAAAGUGAUUGCUACUAAAAAAAUUAAAGGUAAUAAUUUUGCAUUUUUUAUGCAAAUGCCAUGCAAUAUCAUUGAAUGUAAUGAAAUCUUAUUUAAUAUGAAAGAAAAUUCAAAAAAAAUUGAAAAAACUAUAAAAUCUGCAAGAAAUUUUAAGCAAUUUAUUAAAAAUUUAUUUAAACCAUAUGAUAUCGAAAGUGUCAAAAUAAUGGGAAUCGAAGAAAUCCUACCGAAUGGAAUUAUAAAAUUUAUAUGUCAUGCUGUUGUUUCAGAUAAAUUUUUAUUUCAUGAUGACAGUUCUGAAGAGAGUAGUGAAGAAAUUUUAACAUAUCAUCCUAACAUGGAUCAUAGAACUUAUACAAGAAUUCGGAUGCGAGAUUAUUUAAUUGAAAUAUUAAAUAAUAUUCCAAAUAAUAAUCAAAGUUUUCAAGUGAAUAGUACAGAUUAUUGUUUGGGUGAUAUUUCCGGCAAUCAAUGGAAAACUGUUGAACGUGGUAAAAUGGCAACAACACAUGAACUUUGUAUUUUGAAAAAUGGUUUACUUAAAAUAAGAAAUUGUAUUGGAGAUUUUAUAUAUGGUGCAACAUGGCAAAAUCUAACACAACAAAAUGAUGUUUGUAUAAAACAAAAAUUAUAUUCUUUAAUAACGAAAAAACUGUAUGAAAUUGAAAAAUUUGAUCCAGCAAAAGAUUUACCAUCAAAAGUUUUAAGUAGUGUUCAUCAAACUUUAAAAAAUAUUCAAAAUCAAAAAAAUAUAACAAUAAUAGCAGCAGAUAUUUAUUAUUUAGGACAAAUAUUUCAAAAACUUAAAAAUGAAAUUAUAAAAACUAGUAGAUCAAUUGAAUCAUCACAAAAUGAAACCAAUCACCAAAUAGAUUUGAAAAGUUCAGCAAGAAAAGCUACUCGAAUACAAUUUACACAAGAAUUUAUUAAACAUGUUGUUGAAUUCAAUGAGAUUUUUGAUUAUUUAAUGGAUUUUAAUAAGACAACAAUGAUUUUAUCAGUCAAAUUAAAUUCUACAAAUACAAUUUUAGAUUCAUUUGAAAGUAUAAUCGAUUCAAUAUCAACAAUUCAAAAUAAUUAUUUGAAUGAAACAUUUGAAAAUUCGAUUAAUAAUUUUACCGAUAUUUUAUUAUUUGAUCAAACCAAUAAAAGUUAUUCAGAUUUAGGAGUUUUCUUACAAAUCUAUUCAAAUGUUAUGAUUUUUACAAUUGAUCCAAUUAUUGCUAAUAUUACUGGAAUUGUAAUUUAUUCAGAUUUAAAUACAUUUAAUCAAAACAUAACAUUUCUUAAUUAUGAAUACGAUUUUUUAUAUAAAAAUCAAUCUAAAGAAGAACUUUUAGAAAAUGAACGAUUAGAGGUGGCUUCAUUUUUCCCAGAAUCACUUUGGAAUCGAAUAGGAGAAAUCGAUUAUUUAGCGAAUAAUACAAGAGUAAUUGAAAGUAUAAGACCAAAAAUUGUAAUAAAAAUAUAUCGUAAUGAUGCACUUUUCAUAGAAAAUCGUGAAAUUACAAAUUUUAAAGUUAAUAGUAAAAUUAUAAGUAUUUCAAUACCAGGCUACUCAAAUAAACUACCAGAUACUUUACCGAUUUUUAUGAGAGAUUAUCAAUAUGAAGAUAUUAAUAAUGAAACUGGUAAGAAUACAAAACAUUGUCAUUAUUGGAAUUAUGGAAAUUGGGAAAAUGAUGGUAUACGAUUUGUUAGAAAGACCCAUCAUAAUAUUGCUAAUGAAACAAUAAUAAUGGAAUGUGGAACAUUACAUUUAACACCGUUUGCAUUUUUAGUUGGUGGAACAUAUAAUUUAUCAGUUUCAACAGAUGAUGUUACAAUUACACCAAUUCAUGAAGAAGCUUUAGAUAUUAUUACAUUAUUAGGAUGUUCUUUAUCAAUAAUCGGUGUAAUUGGUAUAUUUAUGACAGCUUUAGUAUUUAAAUCAUGGCGAGAAAAAGCAUCAACAAAAAUCCUAUUACAAUUAUCAAUUGCAAUUAUGUUACAAAUGAUUUUAUUUUGUUUUAUUAAUACUGAAGUAUUAGCAUCACAUUUAAUUGAAAUGAGAAUAUUUUCAAGUUGUAUAAUUUUAGGUGCUCUAAUGCAUUUUUCAAUUUUAGUUCAAUUCUCUUGGAUGUUUAUUAUAGCAUAUUUACAAUAUAAACGUUAUGUUCAAGUAUUAGGUAAUAAAAGACCAAAUCGUUUCCUAUUAAAAUCAUUUUUAUUUGGUUGGAUUGUACCAACAAUACCGGUACUAUUAAUAAUUUUAAUUGAUCGUGAUGCAUAUAUUCCAGUUGAUAAAUCAAAAAUAUGUUAUCCAACUGGAGCAGCACUUUAUUAUGGAACAUUAUUACCGAUAGCAAUUGUUGUAUCAGCUAAUUUUAUAAUAUUUUUUAUUAUUUUCAUUAAUUUAUUACGUGGCAAUGGUGUUAAUUUACGACAUACGGAAAAGAAAAUAGCAAUGUCACAAUUAAGAUUAUUAAUAUUAUUAUUCUUUUUAUUGGGAUUAACAUGGAUAUUUGGAUUUUUAUCAACAAUGCGAUUUGGUUUAGUAUUUUCAUAUUUAUUUUGUUUAACAGCAACAUCACAAGGAUUUGUUUUAUUUAUAUAUUUUGUAAUAUUAGAUCCGGUAACUAGAAAAUUAUGGAUUAGUUAUAUAAAUGAUAUUGGUAAUUUUAGAAAAUCAAAGCAAAAUCCUUAA